UAUGAUCUAAUGGCAAUUAGAUCAUAACAAAAUUAUUAUGAUUUUGCAAGUUUCCGAUACGUUAAUUGAUUACAUUUAAUUUACAUGGAGGCACAUUUUUAAAAAUAAAAAUUCCAAAUAAAGGUUAAAAUUGAGAAAAAACUCAGAAAAAGAAUCCUGACUUAGCCCUUCAGAGCAUAUCCUACAGAUGCAGUGUUUGGGUCAAGCAUUGCACAAAGUGUCAGAAACAUCUGUUCCAUCUGUUUUGUGCUCCAAUGGACAGUAUGCCAAGAUAUCAGAGCUCACAGCUCCAAAAAUGAAUCACUGACAUGUCUGUCAUACUUGAUAAAAACGGGAACAAUAAUAAUCCUGUUGAAACGGCACAGAAAGAGAAAAAUUGGGUUGGGAUGCAGCUUUGUGCACUCAAUACACAUGUGCUACCGAUACUGUGGCUAACAGAAAUCCAGCCUUUUCUGUGCUUUUCAGCCUCUGGCAGAGGUAUUUUAUGCUUCAGACAAACUGCUGCCACUGUGUCCUUUGAGGGGUGAAACACAGGGAGAGAGAGUGUGUGUGUGGAGGGGGUGAGGCUGUAAGACUGGCUCAUGACCAGGCUAAGGAGCGAAGUCAUCGCUGGCAGAACAGAGUUCACUGGGAUGUGACAAGUAUGAUCUUCGGGAAACAGAUGCAGUGGUUCAAACACACCCCGGCCACUGUGAACUUCCUGCUAUUUGCCAUCACAUCUUUAAAAGUUAUAAAUAUAAACAAUUACAUUCACACGGUCAGCAAGAGGUAACCGUUUACGAUCCACGCCCAUCACCUCAUGCCUGCACACCCUGCUCUAUAUAAAACCCCUAUGUACAUUUCUCUGUCAGCUCACUUAGCUUUUGGGCAUUUCCUUUGUUUUUGUUGAUCUUUAAAUCCACAAGCUACUCUCUGCCGUUUAGCAAGGUUUACUUUGUAUCCAUUUGAGUGAGCGUGAGCAGACAAUUAAAGAAAUGUCCUGUGGGGAGUAUGACAGGGUUGGCCCUCUAUACCCUCUGAGAAAAUGGGUUUCCAGUCAGGAUGUUGGCCUGCCGCCUUUCCUGGAGACUGGGGAUUCUCGUUGGAUCAAGAAGGGCUUGGCAGCCUGGUCCUGGCCGGGUUGCUUACCGGCGCCUCUGUUUGUGCCCUACAUCUCCGAGCCGAUGCCUCAUUCCGGUCAGAAGGUCAGUAAGUGGAGGGUCAGCAUGGAUGUGUCUCACUUUUCCCCCUCGGAGAUCUCCGUCAGUGUCAGGGAUGGAUUCCUGGAAGUUGGAGGGAAACACGAGGAGAGGCCUGACGAGCAUGGAUUUAUCGCCAGAUGUUUUACAAGAAAAUACAGGCUUCCAGCUCAAGUGAACGUUACCAAACUUGAGUCCUCACUCUCCGUUGAUGGUUUCCUGACUGUAGAAGCUCCACUUCCUGAAGCCUCAGCUCCUGCUGCCAUCAUCAUCCCAAUAAAGGUGGAGGUUGAGGGCAAUGGAGAACAAGAAACAAAACAAGAAGGUCAGGAGGAAGAGUCUCAAUUAGAGGCCUGCAGUGAUCCGGUCCAGCCCAGCAGCACCACAGCUGGCCUGGAGCAGGGAGACAAGGAAACCAGAGAAAAGCCAGCUGGACAGUCCCAUCCUUCACUGCCUGAGGAAGAUAAAUGCUUAGAGAGCAUCCAAAAGUCUUCUGAGCACCACGAAGUCCCAGAAAGCCAAGAAAGCCUGGGUACAUCCAAGCUCCUGGAACACAAAGAGCCAGUCGUGGAUGAAGAGAUCCAGGUGAAGGCAGAGGGAGCCGAGGAGCUCGCUCCCCCUCAGGAGCAGGAGCUGGGAUCAGCUCCGCUGAGUGACAUCCAAAGCCAGGAGCUGGAGGCUGCUAACAUAGAGCAACAGCACACCGACUAAACACAAGAGUAUUAGCCUGCAUUGCCUGCCUUAAACCAGCUCCACAGAUGCCUUUUUGUCAUUAGCUAUAGCGCCAUUAAAGCCUGCUGUGUUUGGAGCUCUAAUAAAGUAGUAUCAUGUGAAAGUAAAA